AUGGUCACCCUCAGCAAGGUGAAGGAGGUGCUGAAACGGCAUGCAAACUUCAUUGGGCCAGGACUAGUCAGCUCAAUUGCGUACAUCGAUCCCGGAAACUGGGCUACUGAUCUGGAAGCUGGUGCCAACUAUGGUUACACCGUAGUGCUGCAGACACUGUCCGUGCGUUUGGGUGCCGUCACGUCAAAUUCGCUCCCAAAGGAGACUCGUAAGCUUUUCCUGCACUGGGAAGCCGAGUACCCAAAGUACCGCAAGCUGUUCCGUGCCGGCCUCUGGACGCUGUGGGCGCUCGCCGAGAUCGCAAUCAUCGCCACCGACCUGGCGGAGCUGCUCGGUUCUGCGAUCGCGUUGAACUUGCUCUUCCCCAAGUUGCCGCUGUACGCCGGUGUUCUUAUCACCGCAGCGGACGUCAUGGUGAUCCUGGUAUUCUUCCGCUCAAACAAGGGUAGGCAGGGCAUGAUGUUCUUCGAGAUCAUCCUUGUCGCCAUGGUUCUCGCCGUGUUUGUGUCGUUCAUGAUCCUGCUGAACCUUGUCAAACCGGACUGGAGGGAGGUCUUCCUGGGCCUUGUUCCCAGCUCAACGCUAGUUAAGCCCGGCGCCCUUUACAUCGGCAUUGCAACGGUGAUGCCCCACGCCCUCUUCCUGGGCUCGCAUCUCGCUUCGGUUGAUCGCUUGAACAUGCGCCCUGAGCUCCCCAUGCGCACUCGGAAGCCGAUGAACCAGCGCCUCCCCAGCAUCCUUUCGAGUCUGAAGAUGCGGCGGCGGCGACCGGGCAACACGUCAGCGGACAAUGUCGAGCUGGACAACAUGGAGAGAACCCUCGCGGCUGAGCCAGUUUGCGGAUCCAUUGCCGAACCAUCAACGCCAGUGACUCCCGUGACCGAAGUACCGAAGAAGGACGACGACAGGGAUGACGAUGAUGCCGAGUACCAGCUCGCACUGAAGCAGUACGAGGCCGAUGUGCGCACAUUCGACCGCAUCCGCUGGGUGACGCUCCACGUGAACCACGCGACGGUGGACACGAUCUACUCUCUGCUCGGGUUCGCGCUGACGAUCAACUCGGCGAUUCUGACGCUAGCCGGCGCAAUCUUCUACUACGGCACCUCCGGCGUGUCUGCCGACGAUGCGGACCUCGUGGGAGCACACAACCUGAUCAGGGACUAUGUCGGUAACGGUGGAGCGAUCAUUUUCGCCCUCGCUCUCCUGUGUGCGGGCCAGAGUGCGUCCAUCACCGCCACGCUCGCGGGGCAGGUCGUGUCUGAGGGCUUCCUGCAGUGGAACAUCAACCCAAUGCUGCGCCGAGUGAUCACUCGCCUCAUCGGUGUCAUUCCCGCUGCCAUCGUCGCGAGCGCUGUGGGCAUGAAGGGCUUGAACACGAUGCUCGUCGCGAGCCAGGUUGCACUCUGCAUCGUCCUCCCGACCGUCACUGUGCCACUCGUCUACCUCUGUUCAAGGAAGAGCGUAAUGCGGGUCGAAGGACCCGUUCAGGAGCUUCCGUCGUCGCGACCGCCCUCGCCUUCGGGCUCCACAGCGUCUGCUUCUGCUCGCCAGCUUGGGUCGCUGGGACGCUCGACCGCCCCCGAGAGCGAGUGCAGGCCGUCGACACCGGCAGGGUCGGUGCAGUCCGCUCCUGCGGCACCCGCGCCGCUUGGGCUUCGUCGAGUCAAGCACUUCGUCAGCCCCUGGUGGAUGACGGCGAUCGGCUGGCUUCUCUGCGCCAUUGUUAUCCUCGCCAACGGUUACGUAAUCGUCGAGCUUGCUCUUGGGAAUGGAUAA